AUGUCGCUGCCGAAGCGCAUCAUCAAGGAGACAGAGCGCCUCGUCGCUGAUCCGGCGCCGGGCAUCCAGGCGACGCCCCAUGAGGAUAAUCUGCGCUAUUUUGAUGUCGUGAUCUCAGGGCCAUCGCAGAGUCCGUUUGACGGCGGCUCGUUCAAGCUCGAGCUUUUCCUUCCCGAGGACUAUCCCAUGGCGCCGCCCAAGGUGCGCUUCCUCACCAAGAUCUACCACCCGAACAUUGACAAACUCGGGCGUAUCUGCCUCGAUAUCCUCAAGGACAAAUGGUCGCCUGCGCUGCAGAUCCGCACGGUGCUUCUGUCGAUCCAGGCGCUGCUUUCAGCGCCGAAUCCUGACGACCCUCUGGCGAACGAUGUGGCGGAGCACUACAAGACCAACGAGAAAGGCGCGAUCGAGACUAGUCGGCAGUGGACGCAGAUGUACGCUGUGUGA